AUGUCAACCCUCGACUUGAGUUUGAAAAAAGGAGCCGACUUCGUUACUUUUUCAGACAACUUGAAAGUGUUGUUGACUCUUAGCGUAUUUGGAAUUGAGUUGACAAUCAAGGAUGAUGACUCAGAAUUGAAGUUGAAAAAUACAAAGACGAAUUUUGAGCUAACCGAAGCUAAUGCAAUUGUUAGAUAUCUUACUAAGGAUUUUGAAUCAAGUGAGUUAAUCGACUAUGUAGAGUCUUCAUUGUAUAAGGCUCUUAGAUCUGACGAUGUAAAACAAAUUAUCGGUGCUAUUGAGGGUGUGCCUCAGAUUACGGACGCCAAACCAACAGCAGAACAGAUCGUUUUAUUUUCUAGCGUUUAUCCCGUUCUUAGCAAUGGAAAGUCCCAAACAAAGUUAGAUGAGUGGUUCGAAGAGUUUUUGAGUAUCUCUCUUGUUUCUGAAGGUAUUAAAAGAGCUUUGUCUUUCUCUCCAUUAAAAAGACCGACUCAAGAGAAUAAGGGUACGCGCAAGUUCAAGUCUGGUCACCUUGUUAAGAAGCAGGAGGAAAGUAUAAUUCCAAAAGAAGGCGAACGGAACAUUUUGGUAACAUCAGCUUUACCUUACGUAAAUAACGUACCUCACUUAGGCAACAUCAUUGGAUCUGUCUUGUCUGCUGAUGUUUACGCCCGUUAUGCUAAGAACAGAAAUUAUAAUACUAUUUAUGUGUGCGGUACUGAUGAAUAUGGAACGGCUACUGAAACCAAAGCACUUGAAGAAAAAGUCACACCACGGCAAUUGUGUGACAAAUACAAUGCAAUUCACAAGCAAGUGUACGAUUGGUUUGAUAUUAAGUUUGACUACUUUGGAAGAACUACCACCACUGCCCAAACUGAAAUUGCUCAGGAUAUUUUCAUGAAGUUAUUCAGACAUGGAUACCUCGAGGAGCAAACUAAUGCUCAGUUAUACUGCGAAAAGCACAAUUCAUUUUUAGCUGAUAGAUUUGUCGAAGGAACAUGCCCUAAGUGUCAUUAUGAAGACGCAAGAGGCGAUCAAUGUGACAAGUGUGGUGCCUUGUUAGAUCCUUUUGAGUUAAUAAAUCCACGGUGUAAGUUGGAUGACUCUACUCCAAUCAAAAAGAACUCGACCCACGUCUACCUUAAACUUAAUGAAUUGGAGCCUGAGUUGAAAGCUUGGGUAGAUAAGGCUUCAGUUGAAGGGUCUUGGUCCAAAAAUUCGCGUACCAUAACUAACUCUUGGAUAAGGCAAGGAUUGGAGCCUAGAUGCAUCACAAGAGAUUUGAAAUGGGGCACUCCUGUUCCUUUAGAAAAAUUUAAAGAUAAAGUUUUAUACGUUUGGUUUGAUGCUACUAUUGGUUAUGUUUCAAUAACAGCAAAUUACUUCAAAGAUAAAAACCCAGACGACUGGAAGAAAUGGUGGCUUAAUCCAGAGCAAGUGGAUUUGUAUCAAUUUAUGGGUAAAGAUAAUGUUCCCUUUCAUACUGUUGUUUUCCCUGCUUCUCAGAUUGGUACGCGUGAUAAUUGGACUAAGCUUUACCAUGUUAGUACUACGGAGUAUUUACAGUAUGAAGGAGGUAAGUUCUCUAAGUCAAGAGGAAUAGGUGUUUUUGGAAAUAAUGCAAAAGAUUCUGGUAUACCACCAUCUAUUUGGAGAUAUUAUCUUGUUUCUAUUCGCCCUGAAACUUCAGAUGCACAAUUUUCUUGGUCUGAAUUUGUAACCAAGAAUAAUUCUGAAUUAUUAGCAAAUUUGGGAAAUUUCGUUAAUAGGAUAGUAAAAUUUGCAAUUGCUAAGUAUAAUGGUGUUAUUCCCAUCUUCGAUACUAAGAAAAUACCAGAUUACGAAGAUUUUGAGAGUGAUGUCAAUAAACUUUUAAGCUCUUAUAUUGAAUGUAUGGAUGGUGUCUUGUUAAGAAAGGGAUUGGAAAUCGCAAUGGCGAUUUCUUCCCGUGGUAAUCAAUUCCUACAAGAAAACAAAUUGGAUAACAGUUUAUAUGAUACUUCUCCUGAUAUUUCAGAUGCGGUCGUUGCUGUUGCAUUAAAUUUAGUAUAUUUGAUUGGUGCUGUCAUAUGUCCUUUCAUGCCCGAAACAAGAAAUCAAAUAUGUGAAAUAUUAAAUGCUCCUCCCUUAUCUAUAACUGAUAAAUUUGAACUAGUUUUGGAACCUGGUCACUGCAUCGGAAAAGCCCAGUACUUGUUCAAGAGGAUCGAUGAGAAAAAGAUUGAUGAAUGGAGAAAAUUGUAUAGUGGGCAGCAGAAAUGA